AUGGGGAAAGCACUCUCCCUGACCGACCAGCAGGUCUGGAAGAAGAUCCUCGCGGCCAAGUCGCAGAGUAUGAGCGAGCUACAGCUACAAACGAGCCUGCCAAUGAUCAAGCAGAAGGAGCUGCAGAGCUCCCUCGCCAAUCUCAUCUCGGUGGGGUUGAUGACUGUAUCGAGCAUGCCGAGCGGGGACAAGAUGUUCAAUGCUCAAAAGAGCAAAGCUCGUGAAGAUGUGGUCAGCUUGACGGCGGAACAAAAGCUCGUCAAGCGAGUCAUCGAGGACGCGACUGAUCGCGGAAUAUCCAUGGUCCGGAUACGUCGACUCAUCCCGCAAGAGGUCAUGCCCCCGACGAUGCUACGGAAGAACAUCACAGAGCUUGAGAAGAUUGGGCUCAUCAAGCAAUUCAAGGCUGUUUCUGCUCCGACUACCACGCUCUACCACUCCGCGCAAUACAAGCCCGCGGCGGACCUGACGGGCGGUAUCUGGUACGACGACAACAAGGAGUUUGACGAGGGACUGGUGGAUGUCAUCCGGGACGUCCUGCUUGAGCAUGUCCGGAAGAAGACCUUCAAAGGAUACGGAUCCAAUAAAAACGGCGAAUCCUCGACCGUCAACAACCCCAUCUACCCCGCCGGGCGCACCCCCAGUCUUCCCACCCCCAAACAACUCCUCCAAUUCGUCGACAAGCUCAACAUCGUCCAGGCGCGGCUCGGCGUCAAGGAGAUUAUGGAGGUUAUGCGCGCUUUGGAGCUCGACGGGCUCGUGGAGAUCAUCAAACCCGUCGGAGGGGUCAUGGGCGAUAAUGACAUGUCGGAUGAUGAUGAGCCGGUACGGAAGCGGGCGAAGGGCGGGAAUGGGGAUGCCGGCGGGGUCGGGGAGGACGAGGAUGACGAAAUGGACGAUGAUGAGAAGGACCGGAGAGCCGAGUUGGCUCGCGAUAAGGAAAAACAGAAGGCCAGGGCGCGUAAGAAGAGAGAGAAGGCCAAGGAGCGAGAGCGGGAGAAGGAGAGAAAACGGCGCGAGAAGGAUCGACUUCGAGAAAAGAAGAGGGAAAGAAAACGGAGGAAGAGGGAAAAAAGUCGACAGAAGUCGAAAAAGUCAAAGAACGCCGACUCUGACUCUGAUGCCCCCGACUCCCUCGUGGCGCUCUCCGACGUCGAAGCGGCCGACCGUAAAAAGUCCAAAUCCAAAUCCUCCACCAAAAAGCGCUCCAAAUCCUCCGAUUCUUCAUCUUCCUCUUCGUCCUCCUCCUCUUCCUCGUCCUCAGAGAGCGAUUCCGACGACUCGGUCUCCUCGGUCAAUUCCUCAGAUAUCGACGGUGACGGCCCCGUCAGGCGCGGUCGGCCCGUCAUGGCCGCUGGCGAGUCGAUCCAGCCCGCGGGGUUGCAAAACCUCUCGGACCGCCAGAUUGUGUAUAGGGCGACGAACCGGAUGACGGUACCCCUCGGCCAGACCGAGGUCCCGUGUGGGAAAUGUCCGGUGUUUGACUUUUGUGCGGAAGGGGGACCGGUCAAUGCGGAGGAUUGCGAGUAUUGGGAGGGAUGGUUGGAUGGGGGCAAGGGCGGUGGGUGGGUAGGGGAGGAUAAGGAGGAGGAAAGGAGGGAGUUGGAGGGCGAAUUGGCGCCCGAGGCGGAGGAGUUGCAGAUGGCCGAGGCAUAG